CGCAAGCAAAUGGCGGAAGGAAGGAGCGAGAGACCGCAUAGUCAGCAUGACCUUGACACAGUCAACAGUCAACCAACAUGCUAGUACCUGGUAGCAUGUUGUUCAGAACAGAACACUUUCUUCCUCCAGCAGCACGUUUUCUCUGUCUGCUUGAUAGCUUAUUAGAUUAGAUUCGAGAAGAAGGAGCUUUCAUCCCUCUUCUAUCUUUGUAGCAGUCCAAGGCAAAGACAACCCCGAACACGUACGCUGAGUCAGCCCUUGUUGUGUUGAAUACAGGGAGACGAGUUGUUACUAACAGAAAGUUAAGAUGACGAAAGGAUACCUUUUUGCCGCCAUGGCGCUAUGGGCGCCGACGGCUGUGGCCUACACCGCAUCGACCUCUUUUCGACCUCUCACAGACUACCAAGUCCGCCAACAGUACAACCCACAAGACCAUAGCGGUAUCUUUUCCGGUAUUCAGCGUGUCUUUGACUCCAUGAACAAGGGAUCUUACUACGUUGAAGCUCCAGGUGGCACGCAAUGGGAUGAAAACAACUACAAUCCCCAGUUCAUGGUACCAGAUAAUGCUUUUAACGCGUUUGAUAACAAUUUUCCAAGUCAAGGGUAUAAUUAUCCAAUGCAGCAGCAGCAAGGGUAUAAUUAUCCAAUGCAGGAUCAGCUGCAGCUGGAACAACCACAACAGCAACAGAAAUACGAGUACUACAGAAAGCCGACCACAGCCAAAGGUGGUUACAACAACAACAACAACAACAACAACAACAAUGCUCGCUCUACAACGUCAUCCGACAACUACUACUAUCAAACCCAGAAAAACAAGAAGAACAACAAUCGACUCAACUUUUACGAGUCGAACCGUGCCGCGAUAAACCGUGAUGAAGUUGGUGUUGUGAACCCGCGUAGCAAGUACGUCUUCAACAAGAACGACAACAAGAACAGUCAGAACCAGCGAGGAUCCAAGUAUCAAAAAAAUAUUGACAACAGGUCUCAUUACAACAAGUACGAGCGCGGCAACGAUUACCGAAACAGAAGCAACAACAACCAAUCUCCCUACUACCGAUCCAAUCAGUCCCUGGCAAGGAAGGCUUCCUCGCCUGCUCCUGACACACCGUCAUUGGGCAGUCAGUAUUUUGUCAAGAACAACUACAGUUGGAACAACAAUGACAACGCAAAGAAUGACUAUAGCUGGAGGAAUAAGAGGUUUAACCAAGAUUACAGUUGGAACAACAGACAGAACAACAACCAAGACUACAGCUGGAACAACAAAAAGUACGACAGAGAGUACAGCUGGAAAGACAGUCAGAACUACAACCGGAACGGCAACAACCCGUAUGAUCUACCAUACUCCUCGUCGCCCAGACGAUCUCUGCCACCGGCUCCUCGGCAAGCCUCGCAGUCGGUCUAUGCUCUCAAGCCCGACUCUGGGUUGUCCGUCGACAGGCCCAAAACGUCCGUGGACGCGGCCGGGAACCACUACUACAGUGGCGACCAACAACACGUUCCGCGUUCCAACUACAUGCCGGCUAAUCCAGAACAACGCAACCAGAACUUUGCUCCCGAUAUGUCGAUGAUGGAGCUGGCAGCUCCCAAGACCCGAGUCGACCCGGCGGGCAAUCAAUACUACAGCGGAUAUCAACAGCAACAACAACAAGACUUUUCCCCGGUAUCCAACUAUCAGGCUGCAAGUCCCAUUGUGGCCUAUCGACAACAGCACGAAGAACGAUUGAGGCGAUCGAUGGAGCCAAAUCAGCAACAGCCAAGCUUCUAUCGACCAUCCCGCAAAUCGUCGUCGUACGGCGAGCCAGAGUACGACUACCAGGAGCGUUAUGGACGUCAUUCCAACACGAUGGACGAGUCCUCGGGUACCCAGUACUAUCAACCGCGUGCAUCUUACAGACCACCCAGUGUCAACCAACCGCAUUCCAACACAAUGGAUGGUUCAUCUGGCACCCAGUACUUUCCGUUGCAGCCGGAUUUCUCCGCCAAUUUGUCUCCGGGAAGAAGUACCUACAAUGUCAAGGACAACCGUCGACACUUUAGUGACCCAGCCUAUCAGUCGCCACGAGCCGACGUCUACCAGAACAGCGAGUAUCAGUACAUGCGCGAUCCCUACGACUAUUACAGCGGCAACCGACGUUUCGACUAUGGAGUGUACCAAGACAGCAGCAGAAGCCGUCCUGGUGGCAGAUAUGCAUCGCGCCGUCGAAAUCGUGAUGACGAUUCUUCAGGCUGGUGGGGCUGGCUCCAAACGUUGGGUGAGUUGUAAUAAGGAGGCUUGAUUGGUCAUAGUACAACAGUCAAGGCGAAAGAAUAGAAAGACAAUGAAAGCCGCUCAAUUACAUAAGACUGCAUAGUAGAGAAAGGAAAGAUUUUGAAAAGUCGGCCUUGACGCACAUUCGUAGACCUAGC